UUGGGAGCUGAAAGUGCUGACAGCAUAGGUGCUGUGCUAAACAGCAAAGAUGAGCAGAGAGAAAUUGCUGAAACAAGAGAAACUUGCAGGGCUUCCUAUGAUACCUCUGCUCCAAAUGCAAAACGUAAGUACUUGGAUGAAGGGGAGACAGAUGAUGACAAAAUGGAAGAAUAUAAGGAUGAACUAGAAAUGCAACAGGAGGAAGAAAAUUUGCCAUAUGAAGAAGAGAUUUACAAAGAUUCUAGUACUUUUCUUAAGGGAACACAGAGCUUAAACCCCCACAAUGAUUACUGCCAACAUUUUGUAGACACUGGACAUAGACCUCAAAAUUUCAUCAGGGAUGUAGGUUUAGCAGAUAGAUUUGAAGAAUAUCCUAAACUGAGAGAGCUUAUCAGGCUAAAAGAUGAGCUGAUAGCUAAGUCUAACACUCCUCCCAUGUACUUACAAGCAGAUAUAGAAGCAUUUGACAUCAGAGAACUAACACCCAAGUUUGACGUGAUUCUUCUGGAGCCCCCUUUAGAAGAGUAUUACAGAGAGACUGGUAUCACUGCUAAUGAAAAAUGCUGGACUUGGGAUGAUAUUAUGAAGUUAGAAAUUGAUGAAAUUGCAGCCCCCCGAUCAUUUAUAUUUCUUUGGUGUGGUUCUGGGGAAGGAUUGGACCUUGGGAGAGUGUGUUUACGCAAGUGGGGUUACAGAAGAUGUGAAGAUAUUUGUUGGAUUAAAACCAAUAAAAACAAUCCUGGCAAGACAAAGACUUUAGACCCAAAGGCUGUUUUUCAGAGAACAAAGGAACACUGUCUUAUGGGGAUCAAAGGAACUGUGAAGCGUAGCACAGAUGGGGACUUUAUUCACGCUAAUGUUGACAUUGACUUAAUUAUCACAGAAGAACCUGAAAUUGGCAAUAUAGAAAAACCUGUAGAAAUUUUUCAUAUAAUUGAGCAUUUCUGUCUUGGUAGAAGACGCCUUCAUCUGUUUGGAAGAGAUAGUACAAUUCGACCAGGCUGGCUCACAGUUGGACCAACACUUACAAAUAGCAACUACAAUGCAGAGACCUAUGCCUCCUAUUUCAGCGCUCCAAAUUCCUACCUGACUGGAUGUACAGAGGAAAUUGAGAGACUGCGACCAAAAUCACCACCUCCCAAAUCUAAAUCUGAUAGGGGAGGUGGAGCUCCCAGAGGUGGAGGAAGGGGUGGAACUUCUGCUGGCCGCGGGAGAGAAAGAAAUCGAUCCAACUUCCGAGGCGAGCGAGGUGGCUUUAGAGGGGGCCGUGGAGGGGCGCAUAGAGGUGGCUUUCCACCUCGGUAACUUUGGAAGACACUGAUUCUGUUAAAGCCCUCCUACCCUUCAUUAUCGUUUGAAUUUCUGUUGGCAGACUUACUUCAGAACUCAAUUCCAGCUCACAUUUUGCUUUAGUUUCUCUGAACUGCCAGGAAUAUCUUCGUCAACCUCCAUUGGAGUUGUCACACACACUCUCUGGAUUUGUGCAGGACAGUAAGUGAUUCUGCCUCUUGUCAUGUGCAGGUCAUGGAACAGAGUACAAGUCUCUGUCAUCAGAGAGAGACUAUAUUCUGUUGGAUUCCCGCUAACUAUAAGGACUUUGCUUUUUUGAAGCAGGUGAUCAAUGAAAAAAAUUCAGUGUAUGCUAUCAUACUGAUGCUGACAGGAGUUGAUAAUGACAGGAGCCUUGACAGAAUGAAGUUGGGAUAGGUGAUAAGCUUUUGUCAGGGCUUUGAUAUUUUCUUGAUGAAAAUGUGGAGAUAGACUUUUUUUCUUUCUUUUUUAAAUCGUAAGUGAACUCAAAUACAAUUUGACCACUGAAGAAAUUGACUUUGAAGAAAAUCACCCCACAAAUCUAAAUCUGAUGAGAGAUAGAGCUCUCAGUCCUCAGCAAAGUUAGAGCUUAGUUGGCAAACUUAAAAAAAAAAAAAUUAAAUUAAAAAGCUCAUAAUCUGAAUUGUGUAGCUACCUAUGACUGAUAAUCAAACUUCUUAAGAAGCAAACAAGGACAAAUACCCAAGUGCUAGGACUCUGUUGUAGACUUGAACUUGGAUUGACCAUCAAAGCAAUUUCAUAUUCCUUAGCAAAAUAUAAGUAUCAGAAGCAACAACAGAGACUUGAUUAUCAGGUGCUUAGUUGAAACAUUUCGAGAAAUAAAGUUAUGUACAUGAUGAGGAACUACAUACAUCUUUAAACUUGUUUUGGAGAAAAUUUGAUAUGCAAGCAAUGACAGAAAACCCUGAACUUAGAGUACAGCUUGGAAAAUUGAAUUCCACUUGCCAUUUACUAAAACCAUAUGGCAUAUUCUUUGUUUUUAAGGGGUCAGUUGUGCAGAUCUAAUUGUGUAAGACUUUAUGCUGUCAUUUCUCUUUAUAUUGUAACUCAUGUUUUAAAUGAAUUUGCUGAAUGAAAUAAUACCAUUACUGUUCUUGAUAAAUACAUUUUUUAUUUUAUUAUGAUUUUUCUAAUGAAAAUUUAAAUAUCUUAA